AUGUCGUUGUUAAUAACUAUUUUCAUCGUUGGAAGCGCGGGAUUGAUUUAUAAAUUUCGUGACCGACUCGGAUUUCCAUCUGGCCGUUUAUCACGCCAAUUCAAUUCGAAAUCGAGUGGUGCUUUAACAUCAAUGGGUUCAGAUGAAUUCAUUGAACUUUCUUUUGGAAAAGUUCAUUACAUCUAUCGAUCAUCGAUAAAUUCAUCAUCGACCCUGAAUGUGUUCGUUCAUGGCUUCUCUAUUCCAAUGGAAAUCUGGCAAGAUGUUUUUCAAUCUUUGUCUAAUGAUAAUCAAUCAUGUUUAAUAUUUGAUUUAUACGGUCGAGGUUGGUCUGAUGCUCCCGACGUUCCAAUGAACAUCGAUCUAUUCGUUUCACAGCUCGUCGAACUGCUAUCUGCAUUGAAACUUUCACAUCAGAAAUACAACCUGUUUGGAGUUAGUAUGGGUGGAUACAUUGUACAGCGCUUUACGGAAUUAUAUCCUUCUCGUGUUUCCAAACUUAUUCUUUGCUGUUCAGUUGGCCUUAACAAUCCGAAACCAUCGCCCGUUUUAUUAUCGAUUUUAUCGGUCCCAAUUCUUGGCCCAGCACUUUUUAAAUUAAUCAUGCAACGUGGUGAUAGCGAAAAAAUACGCUCUCAAUGGGCAUAUCCAGGAUCGGAUAAGUACAAACAAUAUGUAGAUUUAUUUUUAAAAGCAUGUAAACAUCACCCCGGAUAUUUACGAUCAUUACUUUCUACCAUUUUAUAUUUUGAUUUCGAUUCGGCUUUGAAUUCGAUCCAAACCGUUAACAAAUUGAAUAUCCCGAUUUUGAUCAUUUGGGGUGACAAAGAUACGUUAAUACCAGUCGAAAAUGGUUAUCGUUACCAUCAACUAUACAAAAAUUCCUCGUUGACAAUCGUACCUGGAGCAAAUCAUAGUCUACUUAUUGAACAUUCGGAUGAAGCUAUACGUGCAAUAAAGCCGUUUUUGAACGAGAAAAACUAA